AUGACGACUUCGCUGGUUCUGCAUCCACGCUGGGCGGAUACCUUGAUGUACGUGUAUGAAAAAAGCCCGAAUGAAAAUAAUCACAAUAAAAACCAAGUCAUGGAGGGAAUAAGUGGGAAUUGCCCAGCGAGUCAUUGCAGGGAACUGAUCUCUCACCCAGCUUUGGGUCGCCAUUCCGGCAGCAUAGCGGCUCAUCAGGGUUCGGUUUAUUCGGAUAUUUCUUCUCCGGACGCGGGCAGGCAAUGUCCGGCUCCCCAGACUUCUUCGAGUGCAACCCUGGGCUACGGAUAUCCGUUUGGGAAUCCUUAUUACGGGUGCAGAUUGUCACACACGCACAACGUGAACCUGCAGCAAAAGCCUUGCUCUUAUCACCCGGCCGAAAAGUACUCUGAACCAAGCAACACUAUUCCCACGGAAGAACUGUCAUCCAGAGCAAAAGAGUUCACGUUUUACCCAAGUUUUGCCAGUUCAUACCAAGCUGUCCCUGGUUACUUAGACGUGUCCGUGGUUCCAGGUAUAAGCACGCACCCGGAACCAAGGCACGAGGCUUUAAUACCAAUGGAAGGCUAUCAGCAUUGGGCUCUCUCCAACGGUUGGGAUGGCCAGGUUUAUUGCUCCAAAGAGCAAACGCAGUCCUCUCAUCUGUGGAAGUCACCUUUUCCAGAUGUCGUGCCUCUGCAGCCCGAGGUGAGCAGUUACCGGCGAGGACGGAAGAAGCGGGUCCCUUACACAAAGAUCCAGCUGAAGGAGUUGGAGAAGGAGUACGCCAGCAGCAAGUUCAUCACCAAAGAGAAAAGGCGACGUAUCUCAGCAUCAACUAACCUCUCAGAACGUCAGGUCACGAUCUGGUUUCAGAACCGACGUGUCAAAGAAAAGAAGUUCGUCAGUAAAUCCAAAUCAUCUCACAUGCACACCACUUGAGAAUGGCUGCCUAUAUCUAUUUAAACCGAACCCAAGAACACUCCUCCUGAACCCCAAGAUCCUACAUGUAAACGUUUCACAAUCAAUAUUUGUCUUUUCGUGAAAGCUAUUUAAAAGCUAAA